AAACGUUUUAUCUCAAAGCCCUAAAAGGAGCCCUAAAAGACAGCUAUAAAAUUGAAGACCAAAACCCUAGCUCGUCCAUUUCCCUUUCGCCUCGUUGCUCAGGUUUCCCUCACACUUCUUAACUCGUCGGCGGCGUCUCCUCCACUAGCAGACAUGGUGAACGUUCCUAAGACCAAGAAGACUUACUGCAAGAGCAAGGAGUGCAAGAAGCACACCCUUCACAAGGUGACUCAAUACAAGAAGGGAAAGGAUAGUCUUGCCGCCCAGGGUAAGCGUCGUUAUGACAGGAAACAAUCCGGUUACGGAGGUCAGACCAAGCCAGUCUUUCACAAGAAGGCCAAAACUACCAAGAAGAUUGUGCUUAGGCUUCAGUGCCAAGGUUGCAAGCAUGUCUCUCAGCACGCAAUCAAGCGUUGCAAGCAUUUCGAGAUAGGUGGAGACAAGAAGGGAAAGGGAACUUCUCUGUUUUAGAUUUGUGUUACUGUGUCAUUUUUGUUUUUAUGGAUGUUGAAAUAGAGUUAUGGUGAUAUUUGUUAACCUAGACAUAUGUUGUCAUGUUAAACAUCGAUUUUGUUUGUUGAACUUUUGUCAAUGUUAUUCUUCUUAAGGUUCCUAUUAGAGUUUAAGCAUUUUGCUUUUUUAAA